GUCCAUUUAGGUACCGGACAAUAUAAGGGAAGGACGUUUCCCUGACAUAUGUUCAAUCAAAAUGACAGAAGAAUCCGCCGUUAAAGUCUGUGUGAGGGUUCGACCGUUAAUACAAAGGGAGGAAGCAAGUAACGUCACGGAAAAUGCAGAGCCAGUCCCUUUGUAUUGGAAAGCAGAUACACAAGCUGUGCAUCAGCUCGACGAUGGCAAUGUCACAAAGAGCUUCAGCUUUGAUAGGGUUUUCAGUGCUGAAGAAUCAACUAAUCAGCUGUAUCAAGACAUUGCAAAGCCCCUUGUUGUGUCUGCUGUUGAAGGCUACAAUGGAACCAUAUUUGCCUAUGGGCAGACUUCAUCCGGAAAGACCUUUACCAUGAUGGGGUGCAGUCGCAUCCCUGGGGUGAUACCACUGGCCAUGGAGGAUGUCUUCCAGACCAUUAAAAACUGUCCAAAAAAGGAGUUCCUUCUGAGAGUGUCCUAUAUGGAAAUCUACAAUGAGACCGUUACAGACUUGCUCUGUGACAGUUGGAAGAGGAAACCGCUGGAAAUCCGAGAGGGAAACUAUAAAAAUGUCUACGUGGCUGAUCUGUCUGAGGAGUUGGUUACAUCUGCUGAACAAGCCCUCUCUUGGAUCAGAAAAGGCGAAAAGAAUCGUCAUUAUGGAAAGACCAAAAUGAACCAACGAAGCAGUCGCUCGCAUACCAUUUUCCGCAUGAUUUUGGAAAGCCGUGAGAGAAGUGACCCUGCCUCCGGUGAAAACGCUGAUGGUGCCAUCAUUGUGUCACAUCUGAACUUGGUUGACUUAGCUGGUGCUGAGAGGGCAAGCCAGACAGGAGCUGAGGGAGCGCGACUCAAGGAAGGGUGUAAUAUAAAUCGCAGCUUGUUCACUCUUGGGCAGGUGAUCAAGAAGUUGACUGAUGAGAAUCAAGGGGGCUUCACUAAUUACCGGGAUAGUAAACUCACCCGAAUUCUCCAAAACUCAUUGGGUGGCAAUGCUAAAACUGUGAUAAUCUGUACCAUCACUCCUGCCACAGUAGAUGAGACACUCAGCACUCUGCAGUUUGCCAGUGCUGCAAAGCGCAUGAAAAAUGAUCCCCACGUCACAGAGGUUUCUGAUGAUGGAGCCCUGCUUAGGAGAUACAGAAAUGAAAUUGUCGAUCUCAAGCGGCGUCUGCAGGAGGUUUCUUCUGUCACGCAAACAACAGCGACCGAGAAGGAGGUUUUGGCCCAGCUACUGCAAGAGAAGGAUCAACUUCAACGAGAACAACAGGACAGAAUUAGAAACUUGACCAAAAUCAUAGUCACAUCUUCUAACUUUGUUGCUGUUGAAAAAAAGAUUCCAAAGAGAAGAGUCACAUGGGGUGGUGGCAAGCUUUUCAGGGCUGCACAAUCUGGCAACUUUAAUAUUGGCGAUGCUGAGUUUGAGCCACUUGUCAAGAAGAGAAAAGCAGACAUGUCUGUGUUGGCAGAACAAGAUGAGGAUGGUGUGGAGUUUGAUUCUCAGUGGGAAAUCCCAGAAGAUACUCAAUUUGACAUAGAGAUGAAUCAGAGCAAUGUGACAAUGCGAAGUAUACCUGACAGUGAGUUUUCCUCUCCUGGCCAUCUGAAUGAACUUUGCAACAAGGUCGCUGGCCUGGAACUGCAGCUUCAUAUGGAGAUGCAGCAGAAGCAGGAAGCUGUUGAAGCGAGCCAGUCCCUAGAGAAGAGGGUGUCCGAGCUGGAGAAACAGCUGGAGGUUCGAGAACAAGAGUCGCUGGAAGAUCCGCAGGAGGAGUUCAAGAAGGAUCUGGGAGAGACCAUCCAACUUUGUGAAAUGCUUGUGUCGGAAAAGGAUAUCCUUGUUGCUGAGCGGGAUCUCAUCAAGCAGGAGUUCAACAUCAUGAAGGAUGAAAACCAGAUCCUGAAACGGGACAAGGACCAUCUCCUGAAGGAAAUUGAGGAGAACCGAGAAAUGCAGGAGUUCAAUGCUCUGGAACAGGAGAGCACAAAACAAUACGAGAUUGAACUACUUGCUGAAAUGUCAAAGCUAAAGAAGGCUGCAGAGAAGUCUGUUGCAUGUAGCCAAAAGCUAGAGGCUGAGAUGGCUGCCAUGUCAACUCAGCUUAAACAGAAGGAGGAGCUCAUAAAGGAGUUACAGAACCUUAAUGGCAGGGAUUUGGUCCAGGAGAAUCAGCAGUUGAGACGAUCCCUGGCUGACUCAGAGACUCUGAGUCGUGAAACGAAGAAGGAGUGGGCCUUCCUGCGGAGUGAUAAUCUUUCACUGAAGGAGAGGGAUUCGUCGAUGACCGCGGACUACGAGAAGAUGAAGAACGAGGUGUCGGCCAUUUGCAGUAAACUAGAGAUGGAGAAAUCACGCUUUAAGAAGAUGCAGACUGAUUUACAGAAGGAACUACAAGGGGCCUUUGAAGAGAAUACCAAAUUGACUGCCCUUCUUGAUGGAAAAGUCCCUAAAAAUCUCAUUGACAGUAUUGAACUAGAGAGAACAGUCACUGGUCUGAAGAAAGAGCUUGAGAUGCAUCAGGAGCAGGAGCGCUUCCUGCAGACUAAGCUGGAAGAUCUGGAACCUCUGAAGGACCUCCCAAUUCAAGUUGAAAGUUUAAAGAAACAGAUUUGUGGCCUUACAGAAGAGCUUUGUGCUGCUCGGGCUGAGAAGGAUUGCCUGCUCUCUGCUCAGACCAGCAGCGAUGUGGAAAUCAGCAGACUAACGGCUGAAGUCUCGCAAGCCCAGGAUCAGCUGGCUGAAGCACAAGCCAAACUGAGUGAGGCAGAAAUUAGGGAGGAUCGUCUAUCCCAGCAACAUCUGGACAUCACCACGCAGGCUGAGGAACUCAAAGCAGAGUUGAACGAACUCGCAUCAGAAAAAACCCAACUUCUCAACACUGUUGAAGAACUGAACAUGAAUGCUGAGAAAAGCAGAGAACAUAGUACCUCUAUUGAAGAAAAGCUGUGCGAACAACAACUUUUGGUGAAAGACUUGGAGAAAAAACUUCAAGAGUCAUCUGAGAAUGCGGAAGAGCAACAUCGAGACCAGAUAAAGCAGCUGAGUGAGGAGCUGCAGCUGGUGCGCAGUGACAGAGAUGCUCUCCAGUCAGAGAGGACAAACACUGCUCAUAUUCCAGAGGAGGAACAGGAGAAACUCCGCUCACACCUCACCUCCCUCACUGAGGAGAGAGACCAGCUCCAGGAGAUACUGGAGGGAGUGAGAGAGGAGAGGACCCAGCUGAAGAGAGAUCUGGAGGAGAAAGAGGAGAUGAUUAUGGAGAAUCAAGAAGAGCUGAGAGCUGCUGAAGACCUGAUCCGAACCCAACAGGAAACCAUUCAACACCUGGAGACUCCGGUGGCACAAACUGAGUCUGUCAAUGCUGUGAGCAGUGUUGUGUGUGACGAGGUCCAACCUAACUCAGACGACCUUCAAAAUCAAAUAAAGCAGCUGACUGAGGAGCUGCAGCUGGUGCGCAGUGAGAGAGAUGCUCUCCAGUCAGAGAGGACAAACACUGCUCAUAUUCCAGAGGAGGAACAGGAGAAACUCCGCUCACACCUCACCUCCCUCGCAGAGGAUAGAGACCAGCUCCAGGAAAUACUGGAUGGUGUGAGAGAGGAGAAGUGCCAGCUGAAGAGAGACCUGCAGGAGAAAGAGGAGAUGGUGGUGCAGGUCCAUGAGGAGUUGAGACGGCAGAAGAAUCUGUCUUCAGAGCAUCAGGACCUGAGCGAGAGUGAGCAAGCUGAGCUUCAACAGCAGAUCCAUCAGCUUAGAGAGGAACUGGAGAAUGUUAAGGAGGAGAGAAGCCAGCUGAAGAUUGACAUGCAGGAGAACGUAGAGAUGAUGAUUGAAAAUCAAGAAGAACUGAGAGCAGCUCAAGAGAAAAUCCAAAAACAAAAGGAUGUUGUUCAAAACCUGAAGGCUCAGAUUUCACAAAUGGAGUCUAAGCUGGAGAAUGUCGACAAGGCUGAAGAGACCCUACCUAACAUGGAGGACCAUCCAGCUCAAAUCAAGCAGCUGAGUGAGGAGCUGCAGCUGGUGCGCAGUGAGAGAGAUGCUCUCCAGUCAGAGAGGACAAACACUGCUCAUAUUCCAGAGGAGGAACAGGAGAAACUCCGUUCACACCUCACCUCCCUCACUGAGGAGAGAGACCAGCUCCAGGAGAUACUGGAGGGAGUGAGAGAGGAGAGGACCCAGCUGAAGAGAGAUCUGGAGGAGAAGGAGGAGAUGAGUGUGGAGAGACAAGCAGAGCUCCUCAGUGCUCAGGACGAGCUGAAACGCCAGCAGCAGCUGAACUCUGACCUCAAGGCCCUGAUCUCUGAGAACGAGACUCAGAUCCAGCAGAUCAAGCAGCUGAGUGAGGAGCUGCAGCUGGUGCGCAGUGAGAGAGAUGCUCUCCAGUCAGAGAGGACAAACACUGCUCAUAUUCCAGAGGAGGAACAGGAGAAACUCCGCUCACGUGUCACCUCCCUCGCAGAGGAGAGAGACCAGCUCCAGGAGAUACUGGAUGGUGUGAGAGAGGAGAAGUGCCAGCUGAAGAGAGAUCUGCAGGAGAAAGAGGAGAUGAGUGUGGAGAGACAAGCAGAGCUCCUCAGUGCCCAGGAGGAGCUGAAACGGCAGCAGCAGCUGAACUCUGACCUCCAGGCCCAGAUCUCUGAGAAUGAGACUCAGAUAAAGCAGCUGACUGAGGAGCUGCAGCUGGUGCGCAGUGAGAGAGAUGCUCUCCAGUCAGAGAGGACAAACACUGCUCAUAUUCCAGAGGAGGAACAGGAGAAACUCCGCUCACACCUCACCUCCCUCGCAGAAGAGAGAGACCAGCUCCAGGAGAUACUGGAUGGUGUGAGAGAGGAGAAGUGCCAGCUGAAGAGAGACCUGCAGGAGAAAGAGGAGCUGGUGGUGCAGGUCCAUGAGGAGUUGAGACGGCAGAAGAAUCUGUCUUCAGAGCAUCAGGACCUGAGCGAGAGCGAGCAAGCUGAGCUUCAACAGCAGAUCCAUCAGCUUAGAGAGGAACUGGAGAAUGUUAAGGAGGAGAGAAGCCAGCUGAAGAUUGACAUGCAGGAGAACGUAGAGAUGAUGAUUGAAAAUCAAGAAGAACUGAGAUUAGCUCAAGAGAAAAUUCAAAAACUAAAGGAUCUUGUUCAAGACCUGAAGACUCAGAUUUCACAAAUGGAGUCAAAGCUGGAGAAUGUCGACAAGGCUGACGACACCCUACCUUACCUGGAAGAGGACCAUCCAGAUCAAAUCAAGCAGCUGAGUGAGGAGCUGCAGCUGGUGCGCAGUGAGAGAGAUGCUCUCCAGUCAGAGAGGACAAACACUGCUCAUAUUCCAGAGGAGGAACAGGAGAAACUCCGCUCACACCUCACCUCCCUCACUGAGGAGAGAGACCAGCUCCAGGAGAUACUGGAGGGAGUGAGAGAGGAGAGGACCCAGCUGAAGAGAGAUCUGGAGGAGAAGGAGGAGAUGAGUGUAGAGAGACAAGCAGAGCUCCUCAGUGCUCAGGAGGAGCUGAAACAGCAGCAGCAGCUGAACUCUGACCUCCAGGCCCAGAUCUCUGAGAACGAGACUCAGAUCCAGCAGAUAAAGCAGCUGAGUGAGGAGCUGCAGCUGAUGCGCAGUGAGAGAGAUGCUCUCCAGUCAGAGAGGACAAACACUGCUCAUAUUCCAGAGGAGGAACAGGAGAAACUCCGCUCACACCUCACCUCCCUCGCAGAGGAGAGAGACCAGCUCCAGGAGAUACUGGAUGGUGUGAGAGAGGAGAAGUGCCAGCUGAAGAGAGACCUGCAGGAGAAAGAGGAGAUGAGUGUGGAGAGACAAGCAGAGCUCCUCAGUGCUCAGGAGGAGCUGAAACGCCAGCAGCAGCUGAACUCUGACCUCCAGGCCCAGAUCUUUGAGAACGAGACUCGGCUGGAGCAGCAGGUGUCCCAGGUCCAGGAGGAGCUGAAACGCCAGCAGCAACUGAACUCCGAACAUCAGGCCGUGACGGAGAGGGAGCAAGCUGAGCUUCAACAGCAGAUCCAGCAGUUGGUUGGGGAACUGGAGGGUGUGAGAGAGGAGAGAACCAAACUCCAGAGUGACCUGCAGGAGAACAUGGAGAUGGCCACAGAAACUCAAAAUCUGCUUCACUCCAUCCAAGAGGAGUUAAAACGACAGCAGCAACUUAACGCUGACCUCAAGAUGCAAAGCUCUGAAAUUGAGGCUCGCCUUGAACAACAGAUAAAGCAUCUGAGUGAGGAGCUGCAGCUGGUGCGCAGUGAGAGAGAUGCUCUCCAGUCAGAGAGGACAAACACUGCUCAGAUUUCAGAGGAGGAGCAGGAGCAACUCCGCUCAAACCUCACCUCUUUCACUGAGGAGAGAGACCAGCUCCAGGAGAUACUGGAGGGAGUGAGAGAGGAGAAGAGCCGGCUGAAGAGAGACGUGCAGGAGAAAGAGGAGAUGGUUGCACAGGUGCAGAAACAGUUGUUGGAGCAGGAACAUCUGAACUCAGAGCAGCAGACUGUAAGGGAGAAAGAACAAACGGAAUUCCAGCAGCAGAACCAGCAGCUGGCUGAGGACUUGGAGGGAGUGAGACAGGAGUGUCGGCUGAAGGCCGAACAGGAGAAGGCUUCACAAGAGUCACUUUCUGAAGCAAACGCAGUCAUCUCCAGCCUGAGGGAGCAGAUCCGUGGCCUUGAGGAGCGGAGCGGCCCAGCUGGGCAGGCAGGGGAGAGGCUUCGCUGUAGACUAGAGGAAUCUGAACUGCAGCUCCAGAAAGUUCUCGAGAAAUAUCAGCAGUUUGGCGACAGUGCCGCGGGGACUUCUAAGAGCUUGUUGCAGCCUCUGACAGAUGCCUCACUCGUUCAGAACGAAUUGGCUUUCCGGAUCUUGGAGUCCAUUCCGAAGCCUCUGACGGCCCUGUAUGUAAAUUUCCGUAAGAGUACGGACGACAUCCGCCAUGUCCUUUGCCGAACAGUGCGGGGUAGCGCAUGUGUCGCCAAGCUGCAUCGGGAGCGUCUGGAGGUCCAGGCCUCGCUGGACACGGCCUGCUUUGUGGAGAGCCGCCUGCAGGACCUGCUAAUCCGGGCCGUUCAGUGCCCCAAAGACACGCUCGGAGGUGACUUCCACCAGGUCUGGGACCUGAGGCUCUCCGAGCUUCUGGAGAGAAGAGAGCAGAAACUGCAGGAAAUGAACAGCAUAUUGGCAGGCCUGGAGGAGGGUGUGGCCAGGAAUGCAGCCACUGUUUCUGAAGAGCUUCCAAAACAGGAGAGGACCAAUGAGGAGCUGCGGGCGCUGAUCGAUGCCCCCUCCCUCGACCAUGCUGCCCUGGAGAACCUGCUGGAGCGUGAGCGAGCUAGACGCACCCUCGUGCUGCAGAACAUGAAGGAUACUUUCCAAAAGGUGGAGAAUGAGUAUUUGAAGCUGGACCUGAAGGCCUUUAAAGCCCAGGCCUGCCAGCAGCUGAAGGAGGAGCGGAGCAAGAGCUUAACUCUGCUGCAUAAGAGAGAGAGCGGCCCGGCCAAGAGUGAAGCAGACCUGCUGCAGCGCAUCCAGGAGCUCACGCUCAAGCUCCAGCAGUCCGAGACACUCGUGCAGAUGGUGCAGGCGAGGGCUCAGGAGCUGGAGGAGGCGCAGGUGAGGGCGGAGGACAGGGUCUCCAAACAUAAGGAGGCCACGCAGCUCCUGCAGACGGAGCUCCAGGACGUCUGCGCCCAGCUGAAGGAGCGGGACGACUCCGUUCAGAGCCUCAGAGAGAAGCUCCGAGAGACCGAGGCUCAGGUCAAGAGAGGGAUGGCACCCACUGCUGCGGAGCUUGAGGAGAUGAAGAAUAAACUGAUCAAAAUGGAGCUGGAGAGAACGGUGCAUGCUUCCACUCACCAAGAGGAGUUGGUGAAAAUGACGUGUAUGCUGGAUCACAAAGAGGAGGCCUUGAGGAAGCUGAAGGAGGCCCUUCGGAAAGCGCAGCAGCAAGGCGAUGAGUCUUUCAUGGAAGAACCCGUCCAUGCCAAGGGACCCCCACCCACCAGGGGGCGCACUGUUCAGAGCACAGUAGCGCUGGAGAAGAACAGACUUGAAGAAGAAGUGAAACUGCUGAAGAAGAAAAUUGCACAGCUCGAGAGCCUGAUCUCCAGUCAGCAGCUCGAGAUUACCAAGUGGAAGAUGAGAGCCACAAAGCUUAAGGAGAACAAGAGGGAGGCGAUUAAGGAGGAGAUGCCGCUUUCUCCACACACUCCCACCAAGAGACGCCGCCCGGUCACCUCUGAGGGCCACGUCCUCGACUCCCCCAAGAGCAAGUUCUUUGACGCCCGCUCGGUCUCCGAGUCCAUGUCGGCAAACUGCCCCAAGCAGUUCUUCGAUAACUCCAGCCUUGGGAACGCUCCAGAGGUCUUAUACCCACCAACCAUGCCAGCUUUGGGGUCUCCAGAAAGUCAAGAAAUUGCAGAAAUUGAUCUUAAUGCACCUGCAGUGGAAGACCGAAACGCAGAAUGGUGGCCUAUGUCACCAACACAGAGUGAGAACUGCAAAACACAAUAAUCUCAUGGGAUCGGUCCUUGUCUUUGUCUCCUUUGCACAUUUUAAGUGUUUUAUUUUUGUUGAAUUGUCUUUUAAAUGUCUUUUAACUUGAAUAAAGUGCGACUCUUAAAGA